UUUCUUUUGGAUUAAUGAAAACAAAAAUGACGGUCAUUUGGGUCUACUUGUAGAAGCGGCAAGGUUGAUUUAUGGAAACUUCGAGGACAAAGAAUCAGAUCCGAAGAAAACAAGCGAGGACGGUUGAUUGAUGCACGAAGCUUCAGGGGAAGCAGAAACGGAAACGAAAAAACAGGUCGAUUGCCUUUCAAAACGGAAUCGGUGUUGGAUGUUGGAUUUUUACGAAGGUUUUGAGGACAUCUCACCUGUUGUGAGAUCGGAGCGUGGGAGAAACCAGGUAUUGCCUUGCAGAUACAGAGACUCUGUUCUUGAGCCAUGGAAGCGACUACAUCCGCAGAGAUCAACAAGGGUUUCAACAAAACGAAGGCCAAGAUGAUUAGAAACAUAUUUUUCUUUCUGUUUGUCUCUCUUUUGAUCCCAAACAGGCAUGCAAGCAAGAAUGAGAAAACGGCCAUUAAAGAGGGCAUAGAGUAAGAGAAGAUGAAAGACGAAGAAGAAAAACAUCAGAGAUGACAAUUUUUAUACCUUCUGCGAUAAGGAAAUCUAGGUAACAGGACGACACAGUGACAGAGCCGGUAGCAAGUUGAAUGAUUUUAUAUCUUCAAUGGUUGAGAUUGAAAAUUAUUAAACGAGAGAGAAAGUAUUGGUCUAAGGUAUGUGACGCAUGUCAGCUCAGUCAUUGGGAACAAAAGUGGUAGGGUGCAGUGUCACAGACUCACAAGUUCCCAUGCCACUUUACCUAACAAUGAAAGCUUACUUUUUAUUUUCACCAUUACACAAUGGUAGCAGUCCUCAGCGAGUCUUCUGUUUGAACUCGUUGCUUUCAGCAGAUCAUCACAGAAGGAGCUUCAAUCUUCUGAACCCACAAGCUAGCUUGGAUCAGGUGAUGUAUGCAAGAGAUGGUGAUUCAAGGGAUAGUGGGAUGGGAAAGUUGGGGGAUUGAGUCCCACACGUUGGAAGAGUAUUGAAUGGCAUGACGAGCAAAAUGGUGGAAUUUUUUUUUUGGGGCCAUAUUCUCUCUUGAAGACCCAACAAGCUAGGGUAAUUAUAUUUGAUGGUAAUAGACCCUUAUUGAAAAAAGAAAGAAAAGAGAGGCAAAAGGAGAAGACUCCUGAAACAGGCCUAACCCAAAGAGAAGGCAUACAAGAGAUACAACCAAGCAUCCUCAACAAGGGGAACAAAAGACAGAAGAGUUAGGAAAAACAUUACAGAACUAUGGAUGUGGAUGAAGUAUUGGCAUCUUCCAUUGAAGCAAAGCUUUGUCCUAAGCCUCCAUUGUCCUCUCGAGCUUGUAUCUUCAGAGUUCCUCAUGUACUCUCUCAACAAAGUGAAGGUGCUUUUGCACCUAAUAUAGUCUCAAUUGGCCCCUUCCACCAUGGUCAUGAAAACCUAAAGAGCAUGGAAGAAUUCAAACUAUGGUAUUUGCAUAGCCUGCUUUCGCGGGCCCCAACUGCACAUACAAGUUUAAAGAUAUUCACCAAAGCCAUUCGGCAGUUGGAGGAACGUGCACGUGAGUGUUAUGCAGAAGAACUGAUUGACCUUGACAGUGAUGAAUUCGUGGAAAUGAUGUUGGUUGAUGGUUGUUUUAUCUUAGAACUUUUCCGCAGGAAAGAAAAUGGCAUAGGAGGAGGACAAAGAGAUGAUCCCAUAUCCAGUACACCUUGGAUGGACACUUACUUGCGAGUUGACUUGAUGUUGCUUGAGAAUCAAGUCCCCUGGUCUGUUCUUGAAUGUCUAUUCAACCUAACUGUGCCUGUACAAAGAAGCCAUUCCCUAGCUGAGCUUGCGCUUGGUUUCUUUGAUACUAUGAUGCCAAUGACAGUUCCUGCCAGAUCGAGCUCAAGACAUGAAAGGAAGCAUUUACUUGACUUGCUAUGGAACAGCAUAAUUUCUGCUUCUGCAUAUAUAGAGGAGACAUUAGAGAAUGAUCAGUAUUGGGAAGUAAUUCCUUCUGUGACAGACCUUGUAGAGGCUGGAGUCAAAUUCAGGAAGGGCAACCCUGAAGAAUUAUUGAAUAUAAAAUUCGAAAAUGGGGUGAUGGAAAUACCACCAUUGCUAAUUCAAGGAAGCACAGAACGUCUCUUUCGGAACCUCAUUGCUUAUGAACAGUGUAAUUAUUUUCUACCCAACCGAAUCACAUCUUAUGUUGUGCUUUUGGACGGUUUCUUGAACUCAUCAAAGGAUGUGCACUUACUAGGGGAGAAAGGGAUACUAGAGAACUGGUUGAGCACUGAAGAAGAUGCAUCACUUUUCUUUAGCAGGGCAUGGACAGGUGGUAGUCUCCAACAAUUCUAUUAUGUAGGAAUUUGCCAGAAGGUGAAUGCUUAUUAUCGAACUAGUUGGCAUAAGUGGCGAGCAACACUGAAGCGUGACUACUUCAACAACCCAUGGACCAUAAUUUCCCUAAUUGGUGCUAUUGUACUGCUAGUUCUUACUUUCUUGCAAACCUUAUACUCUAUCCUUAGUUAUCAUUAGUUCUUGUUGGCCAUAUGAUUAAUUAAUAUAGGUCACCAUACCUCCAUAGGAAACCUACCCAUUUUUUGCCAAUACAAAGGGUUGUUAAAAGUGUAAUGGUGAUGUGGUUUCACCAUUUGCUGCACUCGCUUGAAAGGCCUUUUCUUGGUUUUUUGUUUUUGUUUUUGUUUUUUAAUUUCUUUUAUUUUUUUAAUUUAUUUUUGUUUUAUUGCUACUUGGCAAACUUAUUUGGGUAUGGAUAGGUCAUGUGGGUGGAGGACCUUAUGUAUAUCUUACUUGUCAAAUGUUAAACUAAGAUGAUACAUUAUGGUUCAAAUGUCACGAAAGCUCAAUGGUGUUCGGUAUCCCUGAA